UACAUUAAAGACAAAACAGAGUGCCACCACGAUCUACCAUCUCCUUCUCCCAGCCAAUGUUUUUUUCUUGUUUUCUAGAGUAAACAAGAAGAGUCAGAGAGCCGGUGACACCACGACCUUUGCAUGCAAGUUCAGGUUUGAGUUCGAAUUCUGAGUUUCUGACAAUCGUAUACCUCCCAAACAAGCCUGGAACGGCAACUCAUGUUUCCGAGCCCGUCGUAGAUGUAAAUAGAAGACAAAUUGUAUGGCGAUCAACGUGCAACCUUCGUGAUUUUGACAGCUUAUCAGUUACGGUUUAGCUUAAAAUAAAAUAAAAUUAAGGGUGGUUUAGGGCCCACGGUGGCACCAAGUUAGCUCCGCCUGUACUCCCACUUCCGCCCUAAACAAGGCGGAUAAAUAGCCUGUUCGUUCAGCGCGCGAUGUCACGCUUGACGCAUGUUCGUGCAAAAGAAAUCGUUUUUUUUUUGUUUUGUUUUUUGCAAGUUGCAACAAUGUUUGCGGCUAUACAUGAGCCUAUAAUCGUUGAAGCCUACGAACUAUAUAAUAAUUUCCAAAGUUUGAGACUCGGUUCAACUGCGCAGGAGGACUAGUGAUGAUGAAGGUGUAGAUUCUGCGUCACUUCACGACGUCACUGUCGCCGGGUGCCAUCAGGGCAUGUCCCGGCCAUGCGACCCCAUCCACACAAGCAACCACUGAGCAGAGCGCCACCUCCCUCCGUCACCCCCACCCCCACCCCACUCGCAUCCCACGCAACGCGGAGCAUCGCCUCGCCGGGCAGCCAGCCAAGCUCGAUCACUCGACCGCCGCGGGAUGGUGAGGCUGGAGGCCGCCUUCGCCGUCGUCAGCGUGCUGGCCGUGGUCACCGUGGCCGCCCUGCUCCGCGCGUGCUCCCGCCGCGCCGCGCCCGCGCGCCUGAGGGACGACGACGAGGCCCGCCGCGCACACCGCCGCACGGUCACCGCCGUGUUCGUGGGCGGCGUGGAGGACGUCGAGGCGGGGCUCGACGAGGCCGCGCUCCGGGCGCUGCCCAAGGUGGUGUACGGCGACGAGGAGGCGGCCACCAGGGCGUGCUGCGCGGUGUGCCUGGGCGAGUACGCCCCCGGGGACGUGCUCCGCGUGCUGCCCCAGUGCGCGCACGCCUUCCACCAGCGCUGCGUCGACCGGUGGCUGCGGCUGCACCCGACGUGCCCCGUGUGCCGCUCGCCGCCGGUGACCACCCCCGUCGCCGCCGCCGCCAAGCCUUUGGCCGUUGCCCCGCUGUCCUGAGCUGCUGCUGUUUACUACUCAGCAGAUUCCGGGGUACAAGAUGUAAAAUACAAGCAUUGUUUUGUACUAGCAUAACAGCAUAUAGAAUGGAAGAAAGUUGAGAAA